CUGGAGUCUUUGCUAGAAGAGAUUGUAAGCCUGGAGAUCUCCUGAGUCUCUACAAUGGAAUAAGAAUGUCGGAGAGAGAAUCUAGUUUGGAUCGCGAUGUCCGAAGAUCAGUUUACCGCGUAUUUGGAUGGGGAGAUAUAGUUAUGGAUAUACCUAAGGAUAUGAGAAGAAUAUCCGAUUACUCAGCUAGCCUGGGGCACAAGACAAACCAUGCAAAACUGAAUAAUGCAGAGUUUUCGUUCAUUAAACACCCAAGGUUUGGUGAGAUUAUCGGAAUCUAUGCGACUAAACACAUCAAAGCAGGAAUGGAGAUUUUCGUGGACUACGGAUAUAUUGAAAAGUAUCAGGCUACACAAGGUAUAAUCGAGAACAUGUUGGAGAUGAUGAGGGUGACUGGGGGCUGGGGAAACAAGAAGGAAUUCAACUCAGAUCUUAAAAGAACCAUCGGAUACUUUAGAAAUAAGGUUGAUGAGAUGAAACCUCUGAUAAAAGCUGUGAAGAUGGCCAGAACGUUUCUCUAAAAUAUUCCACUGUUAGCAUAGUUGAUUUUUCACCUAGAACAUCUGCACAUAGCGGCCAACGUUUUGUUUACUGGCAUUUACUUUUUCCAUCUAAAAAAUGACAAAUACUUGCGGAGGCCUCCUAUUAAAAUUUUCCAGCAAAAAAACGCCAGUCCUUUAUUUUAAUAAUCAGAAUUAAAUUGACCUUUAACUUUAUGGAAUAAAAAUAAUUUUGUGCAUAUCUUACAUAUUGCUGGAAUUCUAUCUUGUUUAAUAUAUACGUAAACUAGCCUUAUAGGGCGCUUCGCGCCCAUCUUCUAAAUUAAUUGUGAACAUGUUCUCUUUGUGU